AUGUCCGGGACCUGUCAGGUCUUGGUUUCCGGGACCUGUCAGGUCUUGGUUACCGGGACCUGUCAGGCCCCGUCUACUGUAGCCCGGCUACAACUCUCAACGGCUCUCAGAGUAAGCACCAAAUUUGAAAAAACUAUCAGCAACAUGUCAGAUACAGCUUCAACAGGCUUCAACUCGUGGGUGUUCCACACCUUGAUUCUGCCCGCAGACCAUUACAUGCAUAUCCAGCUCAUCCCGCCCUUGCCGCCCUCGGUCCUUGCCUUGACUUUCGACCUCCCGCUCACCUACGAAGCUGUCGUGACGGCCAGCGGGGAGCCCAAGGCCGUUCAAACCUCGCUUGCGCUGCCGGACGAGGACCCUGCUCGAACGCUGUCGCCGAUCAACAUAGUCAAGCCCAAGAGCAAAGACCUGACGGUCCCGCUGGAUCUUGCCGUCGAUUGGCUCAGAAUCAGCAACGGUAGCAGUAGCUUUCUCGGCAAGGCUGGUGGCUUGGAGGCAGGAUCAAGCGCCCACGUGUCGGGAGGCUUGGCUAAGAUCCACGUAGGCGGCGACGGCUCAAAGAGAGAAACAGAACUCUUCUUCACCUGCUACACAGACUCACAGUCAACAAACUCAACAGAGCUAACAGAGUCGUGA